CAUGACGCCGCCUGUGGUGGCUCAUUACAUUAUCUGGCAACCGGAGUGGCAGCGGACAGAAGAGAGGGGAUCCCCGGGAUUUUUAUUUUUUUUAUUUUUAUUUUUUAUACGGAAGCCAGCUAAAUACGAACAUCAAACAAUUGAGCUUUGUCUGGGGGAAAACUGGGUUAAGCUCCUCUUAGACUCCUACUGACUGGAAUUUGGGUCAGCAUCUGGGGCAUUGUCAGUAGGACAGGAGAUGCUCGUGCACCUCACGGUUGUCCCUUUGUACAGCUGAAAAUAUCAGGCUGAGCACAGCCAUGUCAGAGGAGGCAGUCCGUCAAACGCGCAGCCAGAAGCGCGCGCUGGAGAGAGACCAUGCAGCUCUGACUGGCUCUUUGGUGGACAUGGACCCAAAACGGCUUAAGCUCGAAAAGGGUGAUGCUGGUGGGGGUGCCUUGGCUCUGGUGGCUGAUGGUGUCAAGAUAAAGAGCGAGCAGGCUGCAAAAAUGGCAGCCAGUAUCCUUAAAGCUGGAGAAGUAAAGGCCACCAUCAAAGUGGAGGUACAGACGGGAGAUGAGCCUGUUGACAUGAGUACAUCCAAGAGUGACAUGAAGAGAGAGCGGCAGCCGCCAUCACCAGAUGAUGUGAUUGUGUUAUCGGAUAAUGAGCCUUCCAGCCCCCUCAUGAAUGGCCACUGCUUCUCAAAGGCGGACACGGAUAAACUUAUGAAGAGCAGCCCAGAGGAGAGGGAGCACAUCAUUAAACAGCUGAAGGAGGAGCUGAGACUCCAAGAAGCUAAGCUGGUACUGCUUAAAAAACUACGACAGAGUCAGAUCCAGAAGGAGAGCACUGUACAAAAGGUGUCUGGCUCUGUGACGACUCCUCCUCCUCUUGUGAGAGGCAGCAUCUCAUCCAGCAAAGGAACGCUCCAGGUGAUGGGUCGUAGCUCAGGUACGGUGAUCCCACCUCCAUUAGUACGGGGUGGGCAACAUGUCACGUCCAAGCACAAUUCUCAGAUUGUAAUGCCUCCGUUGGUCAGAGGAGCCCAGCCUAUUGCAGUGACGCCUCAGCAGAUAGCCAGUCUACGUCAACAGCAGCAGCAGCACAGCGGAUCAGGCCCCCCUCCGCUCUUGUUGGCUCCCAGGGCUUCUGUGCCCAAUGUCCAGGUCCAGGGCCAGAGGAUUAUUCAGCAAGGACUCCUUCGGGUAGCCAGUAUGGCCAAUAGUAACGUCAUGGUCAGUAUUCCUCAGGCCUCUCCAAGCAGCCUCAAGGGCUCUUCAGUGUCACCCAACUCCAGUGCUAAUGACUCCCCUGCCAGCCGGCAGGCAGCUGCCAAGCUCGCCCUGCGCAAACAGUUGGAGAAGACCCUGCUUGAAAUCCCUCCACCCAAGCCACCUGCACCCGAGUUCAACUUUCUACCUUCAGCAGCCAAUAACGAGUUCAUCUACUUGUUGGGGUUAGAGGAGGUGGUGCAAAAACUUCUGGAAAUGCAUGGCAGGGGUAAUCUAGGCCCUGCUGCUGCAAUGGCCAGCUCCAUUCCCAAAGAGCCAUAUACCUGUGCCCAGUGCAAGACAGACUUUACUUCCCGCUGGAGAAAGGAGAAAGCUGGGACCAUCCUUUGUGACCAGUGCAUGUCGUCCAAUCAGAAGAAAGCCUUGAAGGCUGAACACACUAACAGGCUCAAGGCAGCAUUUGUGAAGGCACUCCAACAGGAACAAGAGAUUGAGCAGCAUAUCCUCCAGCAGGCGGCCUCUUCGUCAUCUUCUUCUGCUUCCUCCAUCUCUAAAACAACCACCUCCUCUUCCUCUUCUCCAUCACUGUCCAAAAGUGAAGUGCUGGUGUCCCAGCAGUACAAACAAGUCAGGGCCGCCAUGCAGCAGCACAGAGGGACACCUGUGACUGCCCACCAUUCCACCAUUAAGCAGAAUCCUAGUCAGCUGUCCCACAGCAUCCAGUCUGCAGUGAGCUCCAGAAACGUGGCCCACUCUUUCAACUCCUCUCAGCUGCAGAGCACAGUGACCGCAGCCGCACUGAGCAGCAGACCAGGUAAGCACGCUGCAGCACGCCUGCUGCAGCACGGGGCAAAGGUCAGCGCCACCGGCAGCAGCAAUAACCAGAGCAACGUGACUGCCUGGAGGAAGCAGAGCAGUGGCAACUCAGGUGUGACAAUGGCCUUUGUGAACCCCAGUUUGUCUGCCCAUAAAACCACCUCUGCUGUCGAGCGUCAGCGAGAGUACCUGCUGGACAUGAUUCCUUCCCGUUCUAUUUCCCAGACAGCCAAUACAUGGAAAUAAUGCAAUCUUCUUCCUCACUCACUGUAAAAUUUAUUCAUAUCAUAACAGCCCCUCUUCAUCAGUCUAACAAUGGACUCUGCCUCUUGCCAAAGUGACGCAGGAGAGAAACUGUAUGUGUGUGUGUGUGUGUGUGUGUGUGUGUGUGUGUGUGUGUGUGUGUGUGUGUGUGUGUGUGUGUGUGUGUGUGUGUGUGUGUGUGUGUGUGAGAGAGAGAGGAGAGAGAGAGAGAGAGAGAGAUUGGCGUGGGUGACACACUGCCCUCGACUCUGUGUUCCCAUCUUCCUUUUCUGAGUCCUUCAUCCUGAUUUGGAGUUGUGCUGCAACCCAUUUGGUUUUUGAAAUGUAAGGAAUAGUGCAUGGAAUUUGGACUCUAUCUCUCUCUUUCUCUGUGUGUGGGUGUGUGUGUGGGUGGGUGGGGUGAUUGGGGGUGCGGGGGUUUGAAAUGGGUGUGAAUAUUAGAAACUUUCUCUCGUGGCAUGGCCUCUGUCUCCCUGUAUAUUGGUUGAACUUCCCAUUUGCACCAGGAGGCAUUUGCCACAAAAUCCCAGAGUUCCUUUUUCUAUGAUUGAGGCAGGGUGGGGUGGGGAUUACUAUACUCGCAGCAACAUCUUCGCCUUACGUCCAACCACUCUCAAGUCUGACCCGGUCAGGCUCAGACCCACGUGGUGGCAGAACUGAAAAUAAGUGAAGACUUCAUCACCUGGACUGUGGUUGAGCUUUGAGGACCAUCCACAAAAUAACUGCUUCAGCUUUGCAAAAAUAAGUAAAAAUUUUAAAAGGACGGUUUAAAAAAGGAAAAAAAAAAAAUCUAUCUGCACACAGACUGCUUCUUCUCUCUAACCUCUGGUGUAUAGUAGAGAAGUUGAUGUGUUUUUGGCUUAUUUUGUAUGGCUGAAUGUUAGGAUUUUUUGUCUUUUCUUCUGUAAGUCAUAUUACUGUGUUUGGAAUAUUGUGCUCCUGAAAACUUUGGAAGUGACCUCUUGUUGAGGACUGAAUUCGCAGGCUAAUGUUACUGUUGAGGUGGUUUUACAUCUGCUGGGUUCCAAUGUCAUGGCCUACUUUUAAAUGCUUUAUUUCUAAAAUGAAGAGGAAGAAUAAAAAUUAAAAUUUCACUAAUGUAAAAAAAACAGGGAGCAUGUUUGGAGGGCUUAUUCUUAUUGAAUACUGCAUAUAUACAAAAAAAAAAAAACACCUUCCAAAGAAUGAGUGGAGCCCAAAUGGUAUCUCCCUUCUGCUAGAAGGUUUCUAGUUUAUUUGAACCCUCUCCGGAUAUAAACAUGAGUUCAUGCUAACCUGAGGGGGUGUGAGGAAUGUCAUGUUUUUGACAUUGCUUUGCUUUUAGUCAUAGGCUGUGGUGCAUUAUUUUUCUUCUCUAGAUGAACUGUCUUGGUUUAUUUAUAGGGUCAUGUUAGUAAAGGUGUACGCUUGUACCCUACGUUUGGAUCUCGACUGGAAAUCAUUUUUUUCUUGUGUCCGGUGACUCCCUGCAAACCCCUACAAUCAGUCCAAGAUCACCUGGACAGCGUUCAGAACGUAGUUAUGCAAACUCCCGUUAUGGCAACAAACAACUUUUUGCUCCUUAAAACAUGAUGUGUAUGAUUUCUGUCAGGUCUUUCAAUUGAGCGAAUUACACCUUUUGAAUGAGCUAUAUUGUGUUUUCCGUCAGGUCGCAGCAGCACAGGAUAAGCUGGUCAAGUAGAUACAUGAUGAAAACUGAGAACUCUGUUGGUUUGUGGAGUUGUAAACAUGACGUGUUUGAUUCAUUUCAGUUGUCACAGUAACAGGCCUGCCACUGAGGUACGACAGUUUUACCCCAUGUUUUUGUCAUAAUUAUGCUCCAACGUUCUGUGGCCAGCUGGGGAGGG